AUGGUGGUGCUGCCGGCGGUUGCCUACGCAGUGCUGCUCUGGCGUUGGGGGCGGGCGCCACGGCGCCAGAGGCGGCUGUGCCGGGCCCCUCGGGGCCACUGGGGGCUCCGGCCCCACUCCCGACAGCCGCCUCACGGGUGCCGCUGCCGCCUCGUGACCCCCCUGGCGCUUGCCAGCUCGCCGAGCGAGCUGCCCCUCGAUGCCAAAAAUAUGAUGUGUGCAGCUGACCUUCGCCAUGGCCGCUACCUGACCGCGGCGGCCCUGUUCCGUGGUCGCAUGUCCACCAAGGAGGUCGAUGAACAGAUGCUUAAUGUGCAGAACAAAAGUUCUUCCUACUUUGUGGAGUGGAUUCCUAACAACAUCAAGGCCUCUGUGUGCGACAUCCCCCCACAGGGCCUCAAGAUGGCAGUUGCCUUCGCAGGAGGAGGAGGUCGCCCGGCGAGGGCCUGCAGGAAGACCCGGCGCGCCAGUGCCCAAGGUAAGGAGGGGGGCUGGAGGCGGUGGGGGACGUGGCCGCGGCGAGCGGCCCAGGAAGCGGCAGCGCACGGCAGCCGUAGCAGUGGAAAGGCGCUCCUGAGUGUCAAUCGGGGCUUUGAGUGCACCCGGGUGCUGAACCUGUUCUUUAUCCGCUUGAGCUUCUGUGCUUAUCAGUUUACUGUAGUUCGGUGCUCGCGUUGGUUCCAGGGGAUGUGCCUCAAUUUCGUUACGACAGCCAUUCAGGAAAUGUUUAAGCGCGUAGCAGAAUAG